GGCGUUUCCCUCUCGGAGAAACACCCCUCCGCCUAGGCCUUCACCUGGAGCUUUUUCAGGCUCCAGGUUUGCCUGCCAACCACGAGGAGUCCUGGAAGGAAAAGCGAAGCAUAAGUGCCGAUAACCCACGCCUCUCAACGCCUUUCCCAGCCCGAGAUCGCCCAGGCAGGGAUGGGCGAUAAGACCUGGCUACCCUUCCCCGUGGUCCUCUUGGCCGCUCUGCUGCUGCCUAGGGCGGCCGGCUUCACUCCCUCCUUAGACAGCGACUUCACGUUCACACUUCCGGCGGGCCAGAAGGAGUGUUUCUACCAGCCCAUGCCCCUGAAAGCCUCGCUGGAGAUCGAGUACCAAGUUUUAGAUGGAGCAGGAUUAGAUAUUGAUUUCCAUCUUGCUUCUCCAGAAGGAAAAACCUUAGUUUUUGAACAAAGAAAAUCAGAUGGAGUUCACACGAUAGAGACUGAAGUUGGUGAUUACAUGUUCUGCUUUGACAAUACAUUCAGCACCAUUUCUGAGAAGGUGAUUUUCUUUGAAUUAAUCCUGGAUAAUAUGGGAGAACAGGAGCAAGAACAAGAGGACUGGAAGAAAUACAUUACUGGCACAGAUAUGUUGGAUAUGAAACUGGAGGACAUUCUGGAGUCUAUCAACAGCAUCAAGUCCAGACUAAGCAAAAGUGGUCACAUCCAAACUCUGCUUAGAGCAUUUGAAGCACGUGACCGAAACAUACAAGAAAGCAACUUUGACAGAGUCAAUUUCUGGUCUAUGGUUAAUUUAGUGGUAAUGGUUGUAGUGUCAGCCAUUCAAGUGUAUAUGCUGAAGAGUCUAUUUGAAGAUAAGAGGAAAAGUAGAACUUAAAAUUCCAGAGUACUUAACAUUCACAAAAAGGGGCAGAAAAAUGCAAUAAACUGUUACAGUCAAGACCAUUAACAACAGUCUUUUCCAAAACAUUUUUAGGCAUUACCAUUAAGUGUGAAAUAAGUAUAAUUUUAAUAUGAAAGGAAAGGCUUAACUUUCAUCUGUGCAAGUAAUCUUAUUGUUCCGAUUGUACUUAAGUGUAUUGCAAAUAUUGUGCAGGUAUAAAUGAAUGAAGCCAUGUUAAUAACAGUAGUUUCCUAUGUUUGCAAAAGUUUUGCAAAUGUCAUUAGGUGAUUUAAAUAAAUGAACUUUAGGCCUAAAUGUAACACUGAACAAUGUUUUUAGAAGACUGUUACCCAGAAGUUUCUUUGUAAAUGUGGCAAUUACAAAUUAAUUGUAGAAGUUUUUCAGUGUAUCAAGUUAUAAAUCAUGAGAAUUAUCUAAUCAUGGAUAUCUUUAGAAAACAAAAACUCAACUUUUCUCUUUUUACAUAUGUAUCUUCUAAAUGUAUAUAGAAACACAGCUGUGAAAAAAAGGUAUGUGGGAUUUUUUAUAACCAAAUAUAUUAAAAUAUUAACAAAAAGUAUUAGUUUUAUAUACCUAGCCUACAUUCCUAAAAGCUGGCUUUUUGAAUAAUUCUUAAAAAUACUAAAAGCAUACUUAUCAAAAAUAGGACAGAUUUUCUCUUUGAAGUGAAUAAAGAUCGUUCCCAAUUUCUGUAAGGAUACAUUCUAAUAGUUAACUUAAGAUAUAGGAUUUCUAAAUUAAAUGAGGGGAAAUCACUUUAUUUUUAUAUUAUCAAUAGUGUUACAUUAGUUUUAAUGUAUUUACUGACAUGGAUGAUACAUUAAUACCAUCAGUGUGAUGGAAAUAUUGCUAAAAGAAUUUGGACCCAAAGUUAAGUAAAUAUCUUGAGUUCUCAAAAAUCAUUAAAAAAAAAAACAAAGUCAAUAUAAAAGAAUUUAGGGAAACGAGAAUAUCAAAAUAAAAUUUACUUAAACUAUAAGUAUCUGGAAUCUGACUGGCUUAUCAUAAUCACUCAAUCCUAAUAUAAACCAUGAGAUUAAUUUCCAGUUAAGCCCUACUAGUAUAAAUAUUUAUUAGUUUUUAUUGUAAUUUUCAUAAAAUGACCUUUCUGAUCACUUUAUUGGCAUUCAAAUAAGAAUCAAAAACCUACAGAAGUUUCAACACUCAAUAUGUGAACAACCUAUAGUCUUUACCAUCAUGUCUUAAUCAAGUACUAGUAACUUAAUGAAUUAAACAGAAUUUUUAGGUUAUACCAACUUGUAAUAUUGUUUAUGUCAUGUAAGAGUUAAAAACAAUGAACUGAUAAACCUGAGUACAGUUGGUUAGUACUGCUGAAUUCUUAAUAAGCAAUAAUAAUAUCCAGAGAUAACGGUUUAAUCUAUAAUUUAUAAUCAAGUGGUACAAAAUGAGAGAUAUUUCCCUCCAUCUUAUAUAUAUUUCCCUCUAUUCUUCUUGGGAGAAGAAUAGAAACUUAGAUUUCCCAACUUUGAGGCUUUUUUAAAGUGAGAUAAAUGCCAUGUUUAGGUGAUUACCUUAAUUGGCUAAGAAAAUGCUUUUAAGUGUACAGGAGUAGCCCCUAUAACACAUGCAAAACAAGGGCCAGUAAGAUUUUUGCUUAUCAAGAGCUUUUUCCUCUUCUGAUAAACUAAUAAUGAGAACCGAACAUAAAGUACUAUAGCUAAUAAAACAGUACAGAUAUAAACUACUGCAUCUUUUCUAUAAAACUGUGAUUAAGAACUCUACCUCUUAUGUGUGGCUGGUCACUGUACUUACUGUACUCUGAUUCUUUACCUAACAAUGGAUUUGUUACAUCAUUUACAUUUGAUUUGUGCCACUGAUUUUUUUAAACCUUUGAUUCAGUAACUUCCUAUUAUAUAAUAAUGGCCUUAUUUAGAAAACAAAAAAUUUAGGGAUAUUGAGGACAAUUUUAUUUUUAUAGACAAAGUGAAAACAGAUUAUUUAAGAAGCAUGUUACCUGUAUUAACCAUAGAGUAAAAUUUGUAUGCAAAGAACUAAAUUCUUUAAUAUUUCUAAAAGCUUAUUGUUUAUCUGCAUCAUAUGGUUUUAGUGUAGUAUUAAGUUUUGACAUUAAAAUUAUGCUAAAAGUGAGUAAACUGUCACUUGACAGCUUAUUUUAUCUUUACUUUUUACUCAUAUAAACUUCUAAAAUACUAAAAUAUUUAACUAAGGCCUAGAGUUUCACUAUGAUUUGCAUUUGGAUCCUUAAUGAUUGGUUUUCUGUGAAUGUCAAGAUAAGUGGUUGAAAUAGUAUUGAAAUAAAGUAUAAACUGAAAUGUCAUUUUAUGUAUGUUUAUCCUUCUCAAGUAUUGUUAUGUCCUAAAAUUGACAAAAAUUGAAUACCUAUAAUUGUAUGCUUCCCCAAAGAAAAUUCUUUUAUCUGAAAUUUUCAAAGAUAUUGAUUCAGCAUGUAAUGGUUUUUCAGUUGAAAUUUAAUAAUGCACAAUUAGUGUUGCUCAAAUGCUUUAUACUUAUGAACAGACACAGCCAUAUUAAAUGAGCAUUGAAUACUGUGCUGAGUAUAUAUAAUAAAAAUUACAAUCAAAGAA